AUGGCAUCAGAGCGUGACUUGAGAAAGAUGGGUUCAAAAGCAAACUUUGUUUCAACGUCCAUUCCAAAGUUCGACGGUGACUACGAUCAUUGGAGCAUGGUCACUGAGAAUCUUCUUCGAUCCAAGGAGUACUGGGUUGUCGUCGAAUCGGGCUACAGCCAGCCUAUGAGUAUGGAUGGGAUGACGCCGACGCAAAAACAGAACCUAGAGGAGAUGAACCUGAAGGAUUUGAAAGCUAAGAAUUAUUUGUUUCAGUCACUUGACAAGUCAAUUCUGAAGACGAUUACGCAGAAGGAGACAUCCAAACAACUAUGGGAUUCCAAGAAGAUGAAGUGUCAAGGUAAUGUUCGAGUGAAGAGAGCUCAGCUCAAUUGUCUACGCCGGGACUUUGAGGUUCUGGCAAUGAAGAAGGGAGAAUCGAUAAAUGAUUACUUUGGUAGAGUAAUGACGGUUGCAAAUGACAUGAGGAAUUAUGGGGAAGAUGUGAGUGAUGUCAAGAUCGUUGAAAAGAUUUUGAGAACACUUACUGAUAAAUGGAACUACAUUAUUUGUUCCAUUGAGGAAGCCAAGGACAUAGAUCAAGUCCCUGUGGAUGCCUUGCAAAGUUCUCUGUUCAUUCAUGAGCAAAAAUUCAAAGGAGAUGGAGGAGAAGAACAUGCUUUGAAAGUGACUCAUGAAGGCUAUGAUGGAAGAGGACGAGGAAAAGUUGCUUUCAGAGGAGGCUGA